UUUAGUUUUUAUCCUUCUAAAACCCUAAACUCAUUCCUGGUAUAAAAGGCUACUGGGAUGCGACAUGUUCAGUCCUCGUUUGUUGUAGGGUUUCGGAAGGAAGGGAAGCGCACCACUCUCUAACCCUUGCGGCCAUCUAUUUGCUCGAAGCAAUGUCGAAGAGGAAGGUUAGGGAGCCAAAGGAAGAAAAUGUGACUCUUGGGCCUACUGUCCGUGAUGGGGAGCAUGUUUUUGGAGUGGCUCACAUUUUUGCAUCGUUUAAUGACACAUUCAUUCAUGUCACUGAUUUAUCAGGAAGAGAAACACUUGUACGAAUCACUGGUGGCAUGAAGGUCAAGGCUGAUAGGGAUGAGUCAUCUCCAUAUGCAGCUAUGCUUGCAGCCCAGGAUGUUGCGCAAAGAUGCAAGGAACUUGGCAUCACAGCUCUGCAUAUCAAGCUUCGUGCCACAGGUGGGAACAAGACAAAGACACCCGGUCCGGGUGCCCAGUCUGCACUUAGGGCCCUUGCGCGAUCUGGAAUGAGAAUUGGCCGCAUAGAGGAUGUGACUCCGAUACCCACUGACAGCACACGCAGAAAGGGUGGUAGAAGAGGAAGGAGGCUGUGAGUCAUUUAUUUUAUUGUCUGGUGGUGGCAGAGCAUGCAGUUGGUGGUGUUUCUCUUAUCUGGAGUCCUUAGUUUGUUUUCAGUUAUCAGUGAACAAUUUUGUAGUUUUGACAAUUCUCUGUUAAGAGUAUUUUUCCUCCUAUGAAAUUGAAGUAUUACUCUAAACUAAUGUUAUGUUGGUAUGAUUGCUUUUUGGCAAGAAAAUGAUGCCGAGUCCUUAGUUUGUUUUCAGUUAUCAGUGAACAAUUGUGUAGUUUUGACAAUUCUCUGUUAAGAGUAUUUUUCCUCCUAUAAAAUUGAAGUAUUACUCUAAA